AUGGAGGCUUCUCAUAUCCUCACAAGCUUUGAAACUGAAGAACAAAGCAGCAGCGAGUCUGGUUGGACCAUGUAUAUUGGCUCCUCCAUCCAUGAAAAUGAUUAUAAUACUUACGAGCAGGCACGCCAUCACAAGAACCACCAGUGUCCCAAUGGAUACAAUGAAGAUGAGAGCGAUGAUUCAAUGGCUUCGGACGCCUCUUCUGGGCCAAGCCACCACAAGUUUCCACCGAGCAGUGAGCAGAAUUUGGGGAUGAACCAUUUCACGCAUGGAAGUAUUGUUAAGUCCAUCUCAACGGAGAAACUUCAGAAACAGGUGAUUAAAAGGGACCAAAGAAGAAACAGACAUGGGAAGGGAAAGUUAAAACUUAAGACAAUUAGUGCUCCUAGUCGUGUUCAAAGGGGAUACAUAAGCAAAGAUGAUGAAGCAGGAAGAGUUGGUGUGUCUCAAAUUUCCCAGUCAUGUUUAGAAAUGUGUGAUGAAUGUUGA